UGCUGGUGGUAUACCUUCUUUUUCUUCCAUCAUUUCUUUAAUACGAAUGAUCUUAUCAGUUGGUUCAAUAUCAACCAAGAUAUCUCUACCUGUUAAUGUUUUGACUUUGACUUGCAUUGUAUAAUGUGAUGAUCAAUAAUAAGAAAGUAUCAAUGAUUUGGAAUCAAAUUUAUUUUGUCAGUAUAAAAUUAAAUCUCAAUCGAAAAUUUAUAUUUUUUUUUUUGAUAAAGUCACUAGAGCUCUAGAAGUAGAUGUUAACGAUAAAUGUUGCCUACACCAAAUGUUAAGAAUGUGGAUUAUGAAAGGGUGUAUGAACCAGCAGAAGAUUCCUUUCUAUUAUUAGAUUGUUUAGAGGAGGAAUGUGAAUUUAUUCAAUCAAGAUUUAAGGAUAUUAUACCGAUGGUUACUGAAAUAGGUGGUGGAUCAGGAAUUGUAACUACAUUUCUUUAUAAAAAUAUAUUACCUAAAGCCAUAUUCAUAGCGACUGAUAUCAAUCCUCAUGCAUGUGAAGCAAUUGUUAAUACUGUCAAAUUGAAUAAAGGUGACAAUAAUACCCUAAAAAUACCGAAUUUGGUAGAUAGUUGUCAAAUGAAUUUAACUAGUGCUAUAAAGUCUGAAACCAUUGAUUUAUUAGUGUUUAAUCCACCUUAUGUUCCAGCUACUGAAGUUCCAGACAUACCAAAUGAUCCAGAAGAUGAUACAUGGUUGGAUUUGGCAUUAUUAGGAGGAGAAGAUGGAAUGGUUACUACAUGGAAAUUAUUAGAUGAUUUGGAUACUAUUUUAAGUCCCACUAAAGGUGUUGCCUAUAUUCUUUUCUGUGCCAGAAACAAUCCAGAUAAAGUGGCAGAAAUCAUGAGAUCAAGAGGUUGGAAUGUUGAAACGGUCAUCUUAAGGAAAGCAGGUUGGGAAGUUUUAAGUAUCUUAAAGUUCACUAGAGUAUAGAUAUUGUAAAUAGAUAGUAUUUAAUAGAAUUGGUGUACACUAUAAUUAGUUAGUUAGCGGGAGGGUGUGCGUAUAAAUUUGUCGCAAAAUUUUUUUUUGUAACGAGUAA